AUGCUUGAUGAGGGAAGGAUCACACAAACUACAGCAAAUCUUUUAAUGCAAUCUGUGGAUGAAGCAAUUGACUUGAUAUCUCAUGAGCCUUUGUGUGAUUGGAAAGGUUUAAAAGCUAAUGUUCAUAUCCCAGGCUAUUAUAAGGUUCUUCAAACAAGUGUUAUCCCCCGAAAGCUCGUUACAUACUUCACCGUCGAAAGAUUGGAAUCGGCAUGUUCUAUUUGUGCUGCGUUUCUUCGUGCACAUAGAAUUGCACGGCGGCAACUAAAUGACUUUAUUGGUAAGGGUUCCUUUCAAUGUGAUGUCUUUAACUUUCUGGAAGUACACAAAUUCUUG